GUUUGCUUGAUUUCAGCCGGACUUCCGUGGAUAAAGCUGAUUGGUUUCAUGCUGUGACCAAUUGCACAGAAAUCUUGCAAUAACAAGGAAGUAGCUACUACCGAAAUACAUCUUUGAAAUACCAGUCCCAUCCUGGUUAUUUUGAAAGAUCUACAGAUGGUGAAGAGCAGUGUUUCCCUUCUCUGCAAAAGUACAUCUAAUCUGAAAAAGCGGAAAAUCGAUGAAACUCCUGAACAAUAUCUGAAACAAAUUACACAUCUUUACUUGAAUGGAAAACAUCUUGAGAACAUUGGUCCGGAACUGGCACUAUGUAGAAAUCUCACCGUGCUUUACCUGUAUGAUAAUCGAAUUAAGGAGAUACCUGAUCUCUCCGGGUUGCCACACUUAACCCACUUGUACCUGCAGAAUAACAAUAUCAUUCGAAUUUAUCACUUAUCACAGCUUACGAAACUGGAGAAACUAUUUCUGAGCAGGAAUUGCAUCUCGGUGGUCGAAGGACUGGAAGGUUUGCUCUCUUUACGCGAACUUCGCGUAGACAACCAACGCUUAACUCCGGGCCAGAACUUGGUUUUUGAUGAAUAUAGUAUAAACUCAUUGGCGAAAACCCUCACAAGCUUGGAUGUGUCUGGAAAUGGUUUGGAUACAUUGGAGGACCUCAAACCACUCUGUCGUUUGACCUACCUGUGUGCAUCGAAUAACCGAUUACAAAAUAUUGCUAACCUGACAUCUACUUUGGCCAGUUGGCCUGAAUUAAAGCAUUUAGAACUGCAUGGAAAUCCCGUGGUUUGCAAGCAAAGGGCAAAAGAUGCCAUUAUUGUGAAUACCAAGUCUUUAGAGUCACUGGAUGACAAGCCAAUUUCACAAUCAACGAAGCAAUUUCUGGAAAACUGGGACCAGCACAGAAGCAUUCGAUUGGAUAGUUCAGAAAUAGCUUUGAGGCGCGGGCAUUCGUCUCGGUUACCCGACCCGGGUUUACGAUUCACGAACACAUCGGAAAGCAUUUGCUCAGCUUCAGAUUUCGUCUGUGUAACAAAGAACCUAGAAAAUGAUCUGGAAGCCCCACGUGGAGAAGGCCUUAGUGGAGUCCAUGAGGCCACAGAGAAGCCUGGUUCAUAUAACAGCCCAACUAAAGUUGAACAGGAAACGACAAGUAUUGCGGACCGAGUAAUCCCAAGUGAACGGGGAGAAGGUCGUGCCUAGCUUCGGAUAAGAAACCGACUCAUGCUGACGCACUCUGGCCGGAGCCUGCUUCUGCUCUUUUGCCUAUCUCUCCCGCAGCCCAACGGGAAGCGAGCAAUUUGAUUCAACCUUGUAAUGUUUAAGUGCGUGCGUACACAGGACUUCCAACAAGCAAACUAUUAAAUAUUAAUUUCUUGUUCUGUA